CACUCUCUUGUCCCUGCCACAGUGACUCAUCAUGGUCGUCCUUUCCUCACUUCUGAUUUGAGUUUAUAUACAUGUCUUCUUCUCUUUUCCUCCUUCCUUUCUUUAUGCGUCUAUUGCCUUCAGAAUCUCCCUUCGUAUCUCUCUAUCUCUCUAACACUCACAUACAUAAAAACACAGACUUCACUGAUGAUGUCUGACUGAGGAAUCGGACAGAGACAGACAGAAAGAAGAAUAGACAAGGGAAAAACAAACGGAACUCCAUAAUUAAUUCAUGAAUUGAGGCCACGUACUCCUGCUCCUGCUCCUUCAGUCCUGCUGCUACAAAAAAGAGCACAUCGCCCCCCGGGAGAGUGUGAGAGAGAGAGACUAGUCUUGAUUGCGACUCUUUCAUCAUCGCAGCUGUGUGAUUAAAAGGAGGGAAUACCCAAUAUUCGAAAAAAAAAAGUUACAGAAUCAAUGGAGGAGAGAGCGGACACGGAGUUGGUGUCGAUACCGGCGACGCCUCGUGUAUCGACGCCGGAGAUACUGACUCCAUCGGGGCAGAGAUCUCCGAGGCCAGUGUCCAAGGAGGGGAAGUCAUCGACUGCUUGGACGCCAACAUCGCUGAUAUCGCCGAGGUUCCUGAGCCCAAUCGGUACGCCGAUGAAGAGGGUGCUCAUUAACAUGAAAGGGUACCUGGAGGAGGUGGGCCACCUCACCAAGCUGAACCCGCAGGACGCAUGGCUUCCCAUCACCGAAUCUCGCAAUGGAAAUGCUCAUUACGCUGCUUUCCACAACCUUAACGCCGGUGUCGGAUUUCAGGCACUAGUCUUGCCCGUUGCCUUCGCCUUCCUCGGCUGGAGCUGGGGGAUAAUAUCCUUGACCAUAGCCUACUUUUGGCAACUUUACACUCUUUGGAUUCUAGUCCAGCUACAUGAAGCAGUCCCAGGGAAGAGGUACAACAGAUAUGUGGAGCUUGCACAAGCAGCAUUUGGGGAAAGAUUAGGUGUGUGGCUUGCUCUUUUCCCAACAGUUUACCUAUCAGCAGGGACUGCAACAGCCUUGAUUCUCAUAGGAGGGGAGACCAUGAAGCUUUUCUUCCAGAUAGUUUGUGGGCCCUUCUGUUCAUCAAAUCCUCUAUCAACUGUAGAGUGGUACCUGGUGUUCACUUCUCUAUGCAUUGUUUUAUCUCAGCUGCCAAACCUGAACUCAAUUGCUGGACUUUCUCUCAUAGGGGCAGUCACAGCCAUUACUUACUCUACUAUGGUGUGGGUCCUGUCUGUUAGUCAACCAAGGCCACCCACAAUUUCAUAUCAGCCCCUUUCAUCUCCUUCAUUCUCUGCCUCGGUCUUUUCAAUCAUGAAUGCUCUUGGAAUUGUAGCUUUUGCUUUCAGGGGUCACAAUCUUGCAAUGGAGAUUCAGGCGACAAUGCCAUCAACAUUUAAACACCCGGCCCAUGUGCCUAUGUGGAGGGGAGCUAAGGUUGCCUAUUUCUUCAUUGCCAUGUGCUUGUUUCCUGUUGCAAUUGGAGGAUUUUGGGCUUAUGGGAAUCUUAUGCCUUCGGGAGGGAUUCUUGGUGCCUUGUAUGCAUUUCACAAUCAUGACAUACCACGAGGGCUUCUUGCUACAACUUUCCUCUUGGUUGUGUUCAAUUGCCUGAGUAGCUUCCAGAUAUACUCAAUGCCUGUUUUUGACAGUUUUGAAGCAGGGUACACAAGUCGUACCAACCGCCCUUGCUCAAUAUGGGUCCGCUCUGGCUUUCGUGUCUUCUAUGGAUUCAUCUCUUUCUUCAUUGGGGUGGCACUCCCUUUUCUCUCCAGUCUUGCCGGUCUAUUGGGAGGCCUUACUCUUCCAGUUACCUUUGCUUACCCUUGCUUCAUGUGGGUUCUCAUAAAGAAACCUAAAAAGUUCAGCUUUAAUUGGUAUUUCAAUUGGAUACUUGGGUGGUUAGGGAUUGCUUUCAGCUUGGCUUUCUCUAUUGGGGGUGUUUGGAGUAUGGUAAACAGUGGACUUAAGCUCAAGUUCUUUAAGCCCAACUGAGGUGUUUCACAUAAUAUUAUCCAAGGAAUGGGAUCUCUGCUUGUCCUGUCGAGUUGUAUGUGGGAGAUCAUAUUGUCCCAUGACUUGGUUAGUUGUUAAAUACAUAUUCUUGUUUCAAAUUUCACUAGAGACAUGCCUUAGUGUAUGUAAUUACAAAUAUUUUUCCUGCUAUACUGGUUUGAUGAAUGUGAAAUUCAAAUGAAUUUGGUUUCCACUAUUUAUUAAAUGAUUUUCUGAUGCUC